AAGAAGAGAUUACAGAUGUUGAACAUUUGCGAAAAGAGUUCGAAAGUUCGUCAGGCUCAGAUAGUGAAAAUUGUAUGUUAUUUCGUCUUGAAAUAGGAAAUGAGUUUGAAGAUUGGAACUCAGCUGAGAAACAUGUCGAAAAACAUACAACUGAAGUUAGUUUUGAGGUUGUAAAGUGUCGACUUGAAAAAAACAAGCUUGGUGAAAUUGUAUAUUUUAUAUUCGAGUGCAAAAGUUCACGCCAGUAUUGUGCUAAAAAAAAAACCGAUGUAGAAGAUACUCGUGAGUGUGAAAGUGUAAAAAUGAACUGUCUAUGGAAAGUUAAUCUUGGUCUCGCUAGUGGUAUUAUACAUGUUACUUCCAUGUGCAAAGAAUACAAUCAUCUAUUACUUGAAAAUUUUGAAAAUCGAAAUAUAGUAUCAAACCAUCGUCUUACUUCAGAAGUGCUUGAAGAAAUUGAAUUUCUGAUUAAUGUUAGUUGCGGAACAGGACCAAUUAUUUGUGCACUGCAAAAACUUUUUUCCGAUGCAAGAAUUCAUCCUAAGAAUAUAUAUAAUACAAUUUGUCUCUUUCGGCGUGAUCAAAAAAUAAUGAAAACUGAUGCCACUGAGACAUAUGAAAAAUUAAUAAAACUUCAACGUGAAGAAAUACAAUCAACUCAAUGUGUUGAGAGUUACAAUGUAUUAAUUAAAAAAUCUGUUAACAGUUCUACAACAUUAUUCAAACUUGAUACACAGAUUCAGCUACAGCUUAAUAAAGAAGAACAAUUUGAACGACAGGAAGAACAAAUUAAUAAAAAUCCAACAGUCAGUUUACCCAAUGUUAUUAGAAGGUAUUUUAAACGAAUUGAUAGUAUUAUUAAGAAAUAUCUUACACCACGAGUAUUGAAGAUGCAACAUUGCCAAAUGAAUAAAAGUUUACUUUACCGUGUAAAGAAAAUUGAGAAUUGGAAAAUUCAUGAG